AUGAAUAAAUUUGGAAAGAUAUCGACCAUUGCCGCAUUAGUUCCUUGUGGAAAAGAUUGUCCCACAUACAUGUCGCAUAAACAAUGUGAAGAUGCAUCAACAAAAGAUAGUGUGUGUCUGUGGUGUGAUAAAGUGAACAUGUGCAUUAGCAGCAAUGAUGAAGAAACUCGUUACAUCAAAGUAAAUGGUUGCGGGAAUGUAGGUAGCUUGAAUGUCAGCGAUCCAAGUGAACCCACACCUAACAAACAAGAAGUAACCAAUGAAGAAGACAUUGAAGCUGAAUCGGAAAACGAUUUGAAGAAAACUACUGAAAAACAUGAACCACAUGUGACGGUCUCAAUUGUCAGUGUUUCGAGUGAACCAACACUUAACAAACAAAGAGAAACAAAUCAAUUAUUCAAAGGAGGUGAUUUGGGAAAGGUAUCAAAGACAAUUACUAAAACAAUUCAAUCUCAAUCUAAUGGAACUGCAGAAACGACAGAAGACAAACAAGGAAAAAAUCUGCAUGAUGAUGUUAUUCACAUAGUUAUCUUGGUGGUUCAUGAAAUGGAAGAACACUUUUACGUUUAUGCUUUAUAA